AGCCUGAACUCCGUGGUUUCUCACUUUUCUCCUUUUCUCCUUCUUGAAUUUCAUUCACUACACUGUGGCGCUUAAAAAGAUGGAGACGGCUUCGAAGGCAUCGGAGGAGCCGGAAGUUGUGUUAGAAGCCCUGAGAACAAGAGGUUGGUGUUUCGGAGACCUGCAGCAAGUGAAGGCUACGAUCACCAUUCACUACGUUCUAGCCAUUGAUGCAACGAAGGUGGUUGAUUCUGUUGAGUCGGAGCUAUUGAAUUUGGACCUUCGAUUAAUCGGAGGCAAGUCCUUGCCCGACCCUUCUCGUCUUCGCAAGUCUUCUUAUCUUCAGGGCCCCAAAGUCCUACAGAUAUCUUCAGUAAGGGACAUUUCUAGUAGUACUGUGGAUGAAUUUUCAAGAAGCUCAGGUGAUCGGCGACUUCUUAGAUUAGGUCUCACAGAUGGGAACUCUGAUAUAACUGCCAUAGAAUAUUCUCACAUCCCACUUACGCCUGAUAAUGUUGUUCCUGGCACUAAGGUUCGUUUGGAAGAUAAAACUGUGAUUCGUGGUGGUAUAGUUUGUUUAAAUUCUGGAGUAUUGACCAUAUUAGGAGGUGUUGUUCAAUCGCUUUAUGACGAAUGGCAGAUGAACAAAAAAUAUUCAGGAUUCUCUCGAUCAUCUUUAAGGAAGGUAGAAGAAAGUGAAGCAGACCGACCUCCUCAAUUUGUGAAGCUGCAUGUUGGAUCUCCCUCAGGACCUGCAGGUUAUGGAGAUUCUAACUUUAGAACACUAAGCCUAUUGCUGUGGCUGGCAAAACUGGGAUGGGGUCAACUGGUAGCCAGCAAUACCCUCGUCAGAAAUCAGAAAGCAUGGAUGUAAAUCAGAAAUCUAGAUUGCCUCCAGAAUCAGUUGAAGAUAAGCCUAGCAGUUCGGGGACUAGACCAAAAGAAGCCCCAUGAAGAAGAGGAGGUUCCAAUCAGCCAACCCAAGUAAAACCUCAAUGAAUGGUGACAUGUGUAGCUCACAUGCUCCACCUCAACGUUUUGCACCCACCAACUGACUUCUAGAAGUGCGUGGGCAUGCAAGUAGUUCAAUAAGGCACCAAUGACUUGCUUCAGUGAUGACUUGGUGAUUUCGGCCAGAUCCCAACAUUUCCCAAGUCUAGGCAACUUUCUUUCAACGCAUCUUGGUCAUUUGUUUGCCAUUUUGUGCUAUGGCUUCAAGUUGUGGGGGCGUGGCUUCUAAUUUGUCUGUGCUAUGAGGGUAAUUUUCUGUUUGAUGUUGUAGGAGUGAUAAUACUCUUAAGUAUCAUGACUAAUGUUCUUAGAUCUAUACCUAUAGCAUCAGUGGUGGAAAGUGGGUCCUUUCUUCAAGCCUAGAAGGCGUCUCAAAAUGCAAUAAUAUGGAUUGUUGAUUUAGGGGUAUCUGAUCACAGGACUAAUUGUCAUUUGUUUUUCACCGCUUACACCCUUUGUGUUGGGAAUAUUGAAGUAAAGAUUGUAAAUGGUUCCUUAGCACUGGUUGCUGAGAGAGGAAGUGUUCGUAUAUCAUGUUCUAUUGUUUUAGAAUUUGUUCUCAAGGUGCCCAAACUCGAUUGUAAUUUGCUUUUGGUGAGUCAGAAUAUUGGUAAAUUCCAGUGUGAGGUUUGUCAACAUUCUAAACACCAUUAAACUUUCUUUCUUAGAGCUAAGCAUACACCUGCUAAACCUUUCACAGCUAUACAUGAUGGUGACUUGUUGGGACCUCUCGUGUUGACAACCACACCAAUAACAAGUGGUUUAUUACUUUCGUAGAUGAUCUUCUUCGUCUUUGUUGGGUCUGCUUGUUUAAGGUCAAGUAUAAGGUUUCAUCUGUGUUCCCCAACUUUUAUGCUAUGAUUAAGAAUAAAUUCUGAUCAGCUAUUCAAAUUUUACACAUUGACAAUGGCAUUGAAUACUUUAACUAGUCUCUGAGUAUGUUUCUUUAGGAACAUGACAUCAUCCAUGAAAGUACCCAUGUCCAUACCCGCCUAACAAAAUGGAAUAGCUAAAAGAAAAAAAAAAUAGACAUAUUCUAAAAGUGACAUGAGCCCUCAUGUUCACUUGUAAUGUUCCAAAAUACUUAUAGGGGGAUGCUGUUCUCACUGCCAUAUAUCUCAUAAAAAAAUGUUAGGUUGUGUAUUGUCAUUCGAGUUACUCUCCAAAAGUACACCAUGUAUAUCCUGCAUCCCAUGUUAAGACCAAUCUUACCCUUCGAAUUUUCUAGUUUACAUCUUUUGUCCAUCUUCACCAAAGUCCUAAACUUGACCCUGUGUAGUUAAAUAUAUCUUUUUGGGUUAUUCACCAACACAAAAGAGUUACAAGCGUUAUGAAAGUGAGGAGCCUGAUAAAGAUAGAGAUCCCACUUCAAAACUCACCUCCAUUGCUUGAACCUUGUUCAAUUGUGCCUGAUUCCACUACCCAUCACUAGUCCAUCUACUUAGGUCAAAACUUGAGGAAAAUAGGAAAAUAAGAGAAGAUAUAGAAAAACUACAAAGGGGAAUUGUCUCUUUAUACUUGAAAGAACAAAUCGUAAAAUAGUGAGUAACUUUUACCUGAAGCACCAAGAGAGUCAUACCAAGAGGCUGAAGUACUAGGAGACUUGGAACCUGGGGAAAAUCUUGAGCACCUAGAGGCUGAUUCAUCCAGCAAGUCAGAUGGUCCAAAACAAGUAAUCGAAUUUACUGAUCUUGAUCUUCCCAUUGCUUUAAGGAAGCAACCUUGCUCAUCUACUUUCUAUCCUAUAAAGAUGUUUGUGUCUUGUAAGGCUCUUUCUCUAAGAUUAUGUGCUUUCACCACUAUUAUUGAUAGGGUAAAAAUCCCUAGCAAUAUCCAUGAAACUCUUGAAAUACCAAAUGGUAGAAAGCUGUUUGGAAAAGAAUAAUACCUAGGAAGAAGUUGAUUUGCCAAGAGCCCAAGAGGAAAGAAGCUUGCUGAAGGCAAAUGGGUCUCUACACUAAAGUAUAAUGCUGAUGGAAUUUUGAAGGAAUAUAAAGCAUGUCUUGCUGCCCAAGGGUUCAUGCAAACCUAUGGCAUAGACUACAAUGAGACAUUUGCCUCAGUUGUAAAGCUUAACAUAGUUAGAGUACUAUUAUCUUUAGCUGCAAAUUUUGAUUGGUCACUUCAUUAACUAGAGAUUAAGAAUGCUUUCCUUAAUGGUGACUUAGUAGUAGAAGUUUAUAUGACCCUUCCUCUUGAUUUUGAAACCAGAGCAAAAAGGGGAACGAUUAGUGAGGCCAAUCUAACUAUGCACUCUUUAUAAGACAAAAGGAAGGAAAAGGGCCAUACUAAUUGUCUAUGUGGAUGAUAUUUUCCUAACUAGUGAUGACAUUGAAGAGAUGGAGAGACUAAAGAAAGUGUUAGCUUCUGAAUUUGAACGAAACGAUCCACAUCAAAUGCAUUAUUUCUUAGGUAUGGAAGUUGCUAGAUCAAAUAAAGGAAUAUGUAUCUCACAAAGAAAAUAUGUCUUGAUCUCUUGAUAGAAACUAGAUAAUUGGUUGCAAGGUCAAAGACAGGAAUGCAUAUCUCACAAAGAAAAUAUGUUCUUGAUCUCUUGAUAGAAACUGGAAUACUUGGUUGCGAGCUAUGUGAUACUCCCAUUGCAGUAAAGAAGAAGAAAAAGAAGGUAGAAGAAAGCAAA